AUGGAUGAUUUAUUUUUCAAGGUGUUUAAAAAUAAUUAUAUAAAAAAUUUAAUUUUUUCAUUUUUAAAACCAACAAUUUCUUAUGAUUCUUUAUAUCACGUACCAUCAAUUAUUAGAAACAAUGGAAUUAAUAUAAUUAUUGACAAAGUUAAAUCAAACCAGUUCUUAAAGUUUCAAUCUUUUAUACUAUCAAAUGAUAAAAUUACAUAUUUGUUUGGGGAUAUAUUUCAAUUGGUAAAUGGUGAUGAUCAAGAUUUUUAUUAUAAAUUAUUUCAAAAUUAUACAAUUAUGGGAUAUACUGAUGUUCAAGAUUUGGUUUUUACAGCAUUAAAGGGUGGUUGUGUUCAAAUUUUAAAAAUAAUUAAUGAAAUUUAUAAUCAAGAGUUAACCAGUGAACAUAUAGAAAUAUCAAUUAGAGAAUGCUCAAUAAAAUCAUUACAAUAUUUAAUACAAGAUAUUAAAGUUCCACUUCCAUCAUCUGGUAAUAUUAUAAAUGUUGUUAAAGAACUUUUACUCAAGUAUGAUCCAAAGUCUUUUAAAUUAAUCAAUUAUUUAAUUAAAAACAAAUGCUUAACAAAAGAGCAAGUCGAUGGAAUAGGCUUAAUUAAAGAAAAGCUAUAUUCAAUUAAUGUAUUUCAAAGUGGCUUUAAAUUAAAGUAUUUAGUUGAAGCAUGUAAUCUAAUUGGUGUCCUAUAUCCCUCAAAAAAAUUAUCCGGAUCUUUUACAAAAGAACAAUUGGGUACAAAGGUUUUAAGAGUAGUUAUUGAAAACCAUGGGAAUAUGGCAAUCAAAAAUCAAAUUUUAGAUUUAAUUUUGUUGUACUAUUCAGUUUCAAAUAUUGAUCAAAGAGAAAUUUUUUUAUUAUAUGGUAUAGCUAGAUAUAAUGUAGGGUCGACUCAAAAAAACUUUAUGAAGAUUUGCAGAUUUGGUGAUUAUUUGGAUAUAGGAGAUCACAUCCAAGAACUGUGUCAGAAUUUAGAAGCAGCCUUUAGGACAAAGAAGAAGAUUCAGCUUUUUAAAUAUUGCCCAUCAAUAGAAAAUCAAAUUCUAUUCAUUGAAAGAGUUUGUCAAUUAUUCAAAAAAAUCAAAUACGAACACCUUUUUACAGUCGGAUUGAACCCACUCACAUUCUUUUGUAUGGUAAUAGAGUAUGAUAGUUUAGAAUAUUUAGAAUUGACAUACAACCUGUUAUAUCAAGAUUUUAAAGAUUUUUUUAGAUAUCCAAUUUUUUUAGAAUAUGUUAAAUCAACAAAGAUACUGGGCUUUAUUUUCAGAAAUUUCAAAGAGUUAUUCGAAUUUCCUGCGAUGAACAAACACAUAAUAUGGAAAUCAUUAGAUAGAAAUAAUAUCCCGUUAAUUAAACAUUAUCAAGAGUUGGUGGCAGCAGAUACUCAUAAAAAUCUGGAUAUAUUAUAUUACACAACACCUGAAGAAGCACAGGGAUACUCAUUGGCAGCAAAUUUAGUUUUGGACGAAUUUAGAGAGAGGCAAUUUAGACAAACCGAAGUUCUUGCAUUUAUAAUGUCAGUAGAGCUUGGAUACAUUCAAACUGAAAAUGAUUUUCAAUCAUUUAUAGCAACACUCUCAACUAUAGAUUUCCAAACAGAGAUAUAUCCUUUUGAUUGUAAUUUUAAAAAUUUCUUUUCAGAAUAUUAUUUUAAAAAAAUUUUGGUUUGGAUUGCAAAUACUCAAGUGUACAGAACCAUAGAAUCAUUAGAGUCUCCUCAAAUGUUAGUUGAUGGUCCUACCGAAAAGAUUAGGUUUUCAUGGGGAGCAUCCGAAUAUUUGCUUGUGUUGUACUAUCAAGGAAAAUAUGAUGAAAUAACUACAAAUAUAUCAAAUAUAAAUUUAUUAUUAAAAAAUAAUAUUCAGAGAGAGGUCGAAGAAAGUCUUAGCACAAGUUUUAUAGAUGCUCUUUUAACAUCAGAAUUAUGCUAUAGCCACGAAAAUUUCACAAAUUUCUUUUAUGAUAGUAUUUUAUAUACAUCUGUAUUAUAUGGCAAAUUUCAAAUCAUCAAUCAUAUUAAUGGGUAUCACAAUUUUAUCUUUAUAAACACAUAUAGCAAUCAAGACCUAGAAAAGCUAUUGGUUUUAUCAAUUUUGAAAGGCAAUUUCGAAAUCUCUGAUACUUUAAUACAAUAUACUUCAUUAACAGAGGAACAAAUAAAAAUCAAUUCAGAGAAUCCAUAUUUUAAAAUUUUUUUGCAAUAA